AUGUGGAAAUUGGAGGCGGGCUUCGAGCUCAUUGCGCUCACUCAUGAUUUCUUUAUAGCAAAAUUUGAAACUCUUACGGAUUAUGAUGCGGUCAAGUACGGCGGCCCUUGGAUGGUUCUUGACGACUACUUGGUCACCCAGGAGUGGAGGCCGAAUUUCGAUCCAAGAAUUAACAAGAUGGAUAAACUGUUGGCAUGGCUCCGAUUCCCGUCUCUCCCAAUAGAGUACUUUGACGACGAUUUCUUGAAAAAGAUUGGGAAAGUCAUUGGUCGUCCCGUCAAGAUAGAUUUAACCACUGGUAUGGCAUCCAAAGGGAAAUUUGCCCGUGUUUGUGUUCAACUUGACAUUACUAAACCCCUUUUGUCUAAUUUUGUAAUCAACGGUACGGAAUGGCCCAAAGAAUACGAAGGGAUUCAUCAGAUUUGUUUUAAAUGUAGCAUUUACGGCCAUCGCAUGGAGACUUGUGGCCUUAGCGUACCUAUACCAGCUGCUUCUGUGGAUGGCACAGCUGGUACCAGCUCGACGACUGGAAUUGAUAUCCCACUGCCCAAACCAAAGGAGAAGUAUGGGGCAUGGAUGUUGGUCACUAGGAGGGAUCGGAGAAACCAGAAUCGGGCUACACCACACCCUGGAUCGUCUUUACCUGUCUAG